UAAUAAGUAUUAUAGUACUUGACACAAUAUUUGGUACGACACUGCUAUCAUAGGACGCUUGUAACACGCCGAGAGUUCGAGGCAUGAACAACAUUAAUACUAACGAUAUGCAAAUGGAAAUUCAUAUCAAAUCUCGAAAUAAAGUUCUUUCUGAAUUACAACAAGCAUAUACGAAGAAUUUAUACCACAACAGAUCCAAUACAGAUAACUCAACGUGCAAUGUAUCGAAAAAUAACGAAGAGAUAUGUUCACCCGUUGUCGACGAUCUUUUAAUGGAAAUGAACAGUAGGGGAUUAAGGAAUUUUGAGGAAAAUAAUAACACGGAUUGUUAUAGAUGCAAGCACUUUUCUAAUAUACCACCAAAUUUCUCCGAAAUUUAUGAUAAAAUAUCAGAUUGCGCGGAGGAGUAUGAAGCUGAUUUAAAUUUCGUGCAAGCUAUAGUUUGGUUAAAAUCAGCUACGUCAUGUAUGAAAGACGUUUCUGUUGAACAAUUUCAUUUGAUAUUUCAUAAACAAUGGAGUAAUAAUUUAGAUACGGGAAGUGAUUCCGAGAAUGAACAAUCUCAAGAGCAUGAUUUCGAAAGUUUGAAUUCAACCAUUCUGCUUAAUGAUGAUGAAGAGGAUGACCCAAUUUUCAACAACGAUUUGGAAUACACUAGCAGCAUCGAAUUAUUGUGCAAUGUAAGAUUAAAAAGAAACCGUGAUCUGUCGCAAUCUGAUAAUCAGCAACAAUCAAAAGAACAUAAUGAAAUCUUUACUGAAAUCGUUAACGCUUCAUCCACUUUUGACUCUUCCGAAGAUUUUAGUCUUGAAAAAUCCUUUGCUACUGAGAAGGCGCCAAUUUUAAAAAAUUGCGUUAUUCCCGAUUCCGACAAGACAUAUUCAUCCAGUUCAGACAUGUUCAAAGAUUCUUUAGACAAUGAAGAUAAUAUUAAUGCAGAAUGCAAUAGAGAAAAUAAAGAAUUGCUUGAAGAAGAUGAUUUUAUCGAAGAAUUAUUAUCAACAUCACAGGAUAGUAAUCUCUUGCAAAAAACUUUUUUAGAAACGAAAUAUGAUUAUAUUAUUACUCCAAAAGAAGAUGUCUUUUCUUCAGCAUCGGAUAGUACUUUCUUUGAUGAAAUUUCUGGACGUAUUUCAGAAUUGUAUAAAAAAAUAGAUAUGCAACAGUCGCAAGCGUCUGUUUCGAAUUUGCAUAAUGAAAAUUCUUCCCUUUCCUUGAAUAUGAUAGAUAAUGAUACUGAUCCAGAAAAAGAUAACGAUGAUACGCCUCAGCUGAUCGCAGAAGACACAACCGAAGGGGUCGAUAUUAUUACUCCUUAUCAAACUGACAGUGCUUACGAUACGUACGAUUUUGAAAUUCCUCUUACAUACAUAAUUUCUGAUGAAAAUAGAUUGCUUAGUUUAUCUUCUCAUCACAAAAGCGACGAGAGUAUAAAUCGGAUUAACGUAGAUUACAAUGUAAAUGAUACUCCACCAAGUUCAGAGAAUAAAUAUUUACAAAAAGAAACCGAAGCGAUUAACGAUGACGAAGGUAAUGGUAAGAAGAGAAAAUUAGAAACUGCGUAUGAAACGCCAAAGAAGAAGAGAUUUCUUAAGGGAAACGAAGAAAAGAUUUCUUCUAAGUGGCUAAGGUUUACACUGGAUACUUUAAAUGCGGAUGAAGUAGCUUUCCAAUCAGUGAAAGUAAUUCUUUUAGCUUUGCAAAAUGAGAAGUUAGCCAGGCACUAUAUGAAAAAAAAAUGUUGGAAGAAGACUUUGGAAGAAGAGGCUGUAAACGCGGUAUUGAAUUUCUCUGAUGUUUUUGAAGCUGAAAGUAAAACUGUUGCUUACACACAGGAAAUAGUACAAGCAGUUACAAGCACGCUAGAUAAAUGUAUAGGAAAUACUGAAUUGAACAUGGUCACAAUAUUUACUUAUCAAAUAUCUAUUAUUUUAGAAUUAUGUAAUUCUGCGAAAGUCUGUAUCGAGACAAUAAAUUAUUUAAUCAACAAACUAAAAUCGUAUGAAUGUAUAUUAACGACUCUGAUGAAUGGAAAGAAAGCUGAUGUAUACAACACAAUAAAUCAAUUGCAUAUUAUAUUUUAUGCUCUGAAUAUUUGUUUGCAAAAAUACCGAUUGAUUUUUCCGAAAGAACAAGACAGUCAAUUCGAAGAGGAAAUUGUACCAUCCGUUAUUGAUCUAUGGAAAAAACAAUUAACGUUCGAGGAUGCAAUGAUUGAGGAUAAAGCGAAAACAAGAGAACGGAGAUGGUUAAUAAUUUUAGAUGAUUUUAUGGUGAUCUCUGUUGAAAAUUGUAGCCAAUUUAUUGAUAAGUUGCGGAUAUUAAUAAAUUUAGUCACACGUGAGUAAUUAAUGCUGCUUUUAAUUAUAAUUUAUUUACUGUACAUAGCUUCCCCUAACGUAUGUAUGAUAUAAAUAAAUUUUAAUAAAUUGGAUUGUUAUAACAA